GUGACGAUGACGUCCUCGGUGAUUUGGCUACUCUUGUGUCUUCUUUGGACAGGUGAAGUCCUCUCAUCUUCAGAGGUGGCGGUCACUGCUACAGCUGGUCACAAUGUCACUCUGCCCUGCCGGUCCUUGUCCUUCAGAUUUGGGGUUCAUUCCUUUUGCUGGGGACGCGGUGAAUGUCCACUCACUGGUCAGUGUGGAUCCAAUGAGAUUUAUAAGUGGGAUGGCCGACUUCACAGAAUGUCAGACAAAUACCAGCUGACUGGUGACAUCCAGCGAGGAGAUCUGUCACUCACUGUGGUCAACGUCACGAUGGAAGACAGUGGGCCGUACUGCUGCCUCAUUGAGAUCUUAGGACCGUUUAAUGACGAGAGGAACUCCAUACGCCUCACGGUGACUGAAGCCUCUCUAAGCAGUGACAAGAUGGCGUCGUCAGCGUCACCCACACCCCUGCAGAUGAGGGACCUUCACCUCUUCACCAUGUGUGCCGUCAUCGCCGUCUUCACCGUCCUGACUGUGGUGGUCAUCCUGGUGCUCGUCAGCUGGAAAUCCACUUCAUCAGGGAGGGGGAUGCCAGCCCCCGUGAUGGACACCCGUGUCACCGCUGGAUGGCCUCAAGCAGAAGAGCCGAGUCACAGAGACAUCUGAACAUGGAAGGAGCCGACUGGCGGAAUAAGACAACACUGGAAAUGUCCGACUGUAAUAAGGACGAGGUCCAACAAUUCAAGCCACACGUGUGCAGGCCUAUCAAGGAAAUCAAGGGGGGGAACGCAAGGUUUAAAGGGUCUUUUUUUAUUUGUUUCACACUUCACACAUGAAUAGCAUGCCGAAUGACCCUUACUUACAAAUGCCACUAGACACUUGGGCCAUGGUGUCAGGUCUGAUGGGUCCCAGUGGCCUUCUGGGCUCCCCAUUGGUUCACAUUUACAAAUAAAGGG